AUUUUGUUUACUUUUCCUUCUGUUUUCUAUAACACAUUUUUUUUUCGUUUCGUUUUGUACUUUAUAACCCUUCCCUCAUAUCACGUCUCCCAUUUGUUUUGUUUCCAAGCUCAUCUGAAACACCCACACAGUAAACACGAUCCACAUGUCUGAAGAAUUGGCCCAAGCAACAAAGGAGCUGUCCUUGGAAUCGCAAACCGUCGUCGACAGCAAGACCGAGUUUGACGUCAAGCAUCCGCUCAACUCGAGCUGGACACUAUGGUAUACGAAAUCGCAGAGCAAGGACUCCAACGAGUCGUGGGCGGACCUGCUGAAGCCUGUGAUCACCUUCUCCACCGUGGAGGAGUUCUGGGGAAUCUUCAACUCCAUCCCACAGCCAGGGGAGUUGCCACUAAAGGCUGAUUAUCACUUGUUCAGAGAGGGAAUCAGACCGGAGUGGGAAGAUGUCCAGAACUCCGAAGGUGGUAAGUUCACCUUCAGUUUCAACGAGAAAUACAACGUCGACAUCAACGACAUCUGGCUCAAGACCUGCUUGGCGCUUAUUGGUGAGAUGUUGCAGGACGAUGAGAACGAGGUGAACGGUAUUGUGUUCAGUAACAGAAAGAUGGUGUACAGAGUUGCCCUAUGGACCAAGUCAACCAACAAGAAGAACUUGUUCAGCGUUGGUGAGAAGUUCAAGGAGGUGCUCAAGACGGACGAUUUGAUCGAGUUCUUCUCGCACAAGGGCGCUGACCAAAGAAACCCAAAGCCAAUGAUGAUGAUCUAAUCCUUAUAUACGAUUUGAUUAUGGGAAUAGCUAUGCUUUUUCGUACUCUCUUCUCUUUAC